CCUGUUCCUGUAUCCUGUCAUCCCCUGCUCUGCUGAAAAUGGAGGGAAUUGAGAAAAUAUAAAUUAUGGAAAGCAAUCAUUUACUUCAAUUGAUUAUAUAGCUAAAGUGAUAAAAUACUGUUGUGAUAUUUGUGUGUCCUAGAGUUAUUUGAUAUUACUUCUUACGUAGUCGUCGUGUGUAAAUAUUUAAGUUUUUAGGUUAUGUUACAAUCAUUCUACGCAUCGAAAAGUUGAUUUUCUAGACAUAAAAAAUUGCCGCCUUUUUCAAUAAACAGUAAAUACAGUCGAUUGGAUUUAAAUUACAGAUUCUGUACAUGAAAUGUUCCCGCGUUUCUACAACAAAAGGUAUAAAUUCUUCUAAAAUAAAAAUGACAGCUUCCCGCCUUUUGUAGGCGUUGUCGUGGAGAUUAUUGAAGUGGCCAAAAUAGUGUUUGUUUUAAUAUUAAGUUUUCUUCGGUUCUGCUAGUUAAUCUCGAAUGAAAAAUGGUUUUGUCUGAAGAAGGAGAAGAACAGUUAAAUAAGAAACAUUUAGAUUUAUGUAACAAACUAAAUUUAGAUGCAGAUACAAUAAAAGUAUCUUGGGAAAAUUUUAAAACUAUUAAUAAAAAUUUUGUGCUGGAGGGUGAUUCAUUGCAUUGGUUGGGAUGUUCUAUUUUUGCAGCCUCCAGGGGUGUCGAAACCCCCACGUUGGGAUUAAGUGUUGUCAAAGGGAAUUGUAUAAAUCUCACCAGUCUUUUAAGGCACAGCAAUUUAAGUUUUGCCCAAUUUUUUUGUAAAAUAAAUAAAUGGGCCGAAAUGGCACAUCUUCCUGAAGAAUUUCUUAAUAAGAUAACACAUUUAAAGGAUACCUUUGGGGUUGCUUACAGCACUUUUAAGGAGUUUUAUCCUAUUUUUUCCAAGAUAUUCCUUCCUCCUAGUCCACAGGAUUUAGACCAGUCGAAACAACAUAGAAAUAGAAAACAAAGACCUGUCCCAUGCAAUACGUCAAAAGUUUUUGAAUUCAUUUGGAAUCUCUUUAUUACUUUAAAGGGAGAAGAUUCACAGUAUUGUACAGAACUGAUAAAAUCUUUUCAUCUCCUUUACGCCUGCAUAGAUUUGGCUUUUAAAAAUGCAUUUUUUGCUGAACGGAGGGACCUCUUAAACCCCCAGUUUGAAGGGUUACCAUCUGACUGGACUGCACCCAGUUUUGUGAUGCCUACCGAAGCGCCCUGCCUCAUAAGUUAUUUGUGUAAAAGUCCCUCAAUGUUAACAGUUGCGAUGCAUAUGAAAGUAUACGAGUUGAAGGGUAUGGUAACUAACCUAAUUAAAAACAAAACUUUAAUUGCGGAUCAGACCAAUUUAACUGGGUUGUUCAAUAGAGAAGUUUUUGAGCAGAAUUUUAAAAACAUCACAAAUACCUAUGAGGCGCUACUAUUGAACAAAGGAGAUUUUGAUGAAAGAAUAUUUUUGGCUGAAUAUAGGAGGCAGUUAUUGGAACAGCAGUCGAAUAUGACCGGUGUUAGAGCCCCAUUUUGUGAUCCAGGAGAAAAUCGUGUACCUGAAUCGCCCAGGAACAGUUCAGGAAUGGUAACACCUACAGGUGGCGAUACACCAUUGACGGGGAGAACAUUUUUGGGACCUAGAGAAGCGGACAUUACACCCCUUUCUAUAGAUAGAACCACUACACAGAAAAUUACUCGACUCCAUAAUAUGUUGAAUAACAGAUCUCCUGCUCCCAGCGAAACAUUAGUGCAAUUAUUUCAAUCCUGUCAAAAAGAUCCGCUGGCAAAAAUACAAAACGUUAUAAAGACUCUGAGUGAUAAAUUUUUAUGUGCCUACCUGUUGAACAAUCCGCAAAGUGAGGAAGAAGCAAAAAAUAGGCUGCAGAUUGGCAUCACAUUAUUUUAUAAGUUUAUAGAAAGUAUUCUACAAAAUGAGAAAAAUAUUCGGAAUGAUAUAUCGGCCCUCGUAGAAAAAGAACUGUUUUAUCAAAGCAUGUUCACAUGCUGUUUGGAAAUUGUGAUAUUCUCUUAUAGUAGUUCUAAAAAGUUUCCUUGGAUAUUGGACGCUUUGGAUAUCGAACCCAUCCAUUUCGUUAAAGUCAUAGAGUUAAUCGUUCGGUCGAAGGACCAACUAUCAAGGGAAAUGAUUAAACAUUUAAAUAAGAUAGAGGAAACCGUAUUAGAAAGUUUAAUCUGGAAAUCAUCCAGUCAAAUUUGGGACAUCAUAGCAAUAUCUGGACAAGGAAUGCCAAAGUUCGAAGACACUGCUCUUCCAGGACAUCUACUGUAUAAUGAACAAAAUAGCAAUAGGAGGGUACAGAACCCGGAAGUAUCUCCAACUUCGCAAUCUCCUGGACCAUCAGCAACGGACUGUUUUCAGUCUCCCGUUACUCAAAACACAAGCGUCAACAGGCAGCUGUUUCCAGCAGUGCAAGCGGGACAUUCACUACUCCAGAAACAGACACAUUUAGUGAUUACAGAUAAAGAUGGUAACAGAAAAGUGAUUCCGCUAAUUGAUGGCGAUAAGGUUUCGCAACAACCAAACCCAACAGAGGCCACACCUGCGUUGCCCAAGAAGACGGGGAGUUUAUCCAUCAUUUUUAGAAAGUUCUAUAAUUUAGCUGGGGUUAGAAUGGAACACCUCUGCUCGAAUCUGGGAUUAACGGAUGUUGAGUUGAAGAGGAAGAUAUGGACAGUUUUCGAACACUCAGUGCGCAACACAGACCUAAUAAAAGACAGGCACCUCGACCAGCUGUUGAUGUGCGCAGUGUAUGUGAUAUGUAAAGUUACAGGAAGUACGCUAAAGUUUCAGGACAUAAUGAAGCUGUACAGGGAGCAGCCCCAAUCUGUCAGCGAUGUAUAUAGGGACGUGCUCUUGAUAAGGGAGAAAGUCGAAGGCGAUGGAAAAAUAAUUCCAGCAACACGAAAUGACCUUAUAUUUUUCUACAAUUCUAUUUACGUAGAGGCAAUGCAAAAUUUUGCUGUUAAAUUUAGAAGCUCUGUACAAAAUAGCUCUCUUCUCUUGAGUCCACUCCCUCUUAUAAAAAGAGAUUUGGUUUCCUCCAGUAUACAAGUGAUAGGAAACGUCUUUGUGAAACCCCUGGAAAAUCCUUCAGCUGCGUCUGGGACAAGUUUCAAUUAUUUCUUCAGUAGGAGCCCUUCAAAGGACUUGAAAGACAUUAACAAACUUGUAAAUAGCAAUGCUGUCACCGGUAAAAGGUUAUUAGUUGAUGGAGACAUGGACUAUCCAGCGAGUAAGAGAAUAUCGGAUCGAAAAUUCCAGUCACUCGUUGAGGAGAGACGAAGUCAAAAUUCGGAAUAACUCCAUACGAUCCGAAUAUUUUAUUUUUCAUACUGUGACUGACUAAGAGGUGCAUUCAUCAUGUGUUUCUUUAGAGAACAACGAAUGUCGAGAACUAACCAGUACUUUAUUUUGUAAAUUUUUCAUGUUUCCAUAAGUGAAAUAAUGUAAUUUUGUUAAGUACAUAUUAGGAUUUUAUUGACGAUGAAUUAAAUUAUUCUAAUAUUGAUAUAAAGAAAGAAUUCUAAGAAAAAAAGUAAACAGUGUUUAUCAUACAGUAAAAUAGUGACUUCAGAAAUUUACAUUAACAAUAUAUGACGUGGCCGUUAUUGAGAGAGGGUCAAAUAUAAAAUAAUUGAUUUACCUGCUUUUAAAACGUGGCACAAAAUAGAGAUUUUGCUCUAUUUUGUAAUUCACUUUAAAAAUAAAAAAACUUUCAAGAAAAAGUCUGAAUUUCAUCAGACUUGUUUGAAUUUUUUUUAAUAGAAAUAGUUCAGUUUACUGUAAAUGUACAUACUUUAUUUGAAAAUUUUCUAUUGGUCAAUUUUCAUCUAAACUCAUUACAUUUAACAGUAAACCAAACUUUUGUUUCUAGUCCAAAAUUAAACUCAGAAUCGUUAUAUUUUAAUUAAUUAAUAUUUAAAGGUGUAAAAAAAAUGAGUAAUUAAAAAAUGUGUUCACAAAAAAAAUUUCACUUUUGAUUUUGUUUGUUUGUUAAUUUGCCAAAAAUUGAAUUUUACUACAAAAUAAACUGCUGGUUUCAAUAAGUCUUGUAUACAUUUUUUUUUUAGAAGUCGAUUUGGGAUUGGAAAUAUAUACUUUAAUUAUGUGAUGUGAAACUUGUAAUAUUUUCAUCAAAUCUAUAAACUAUUGAAAUAUCUUGUGAAAUGUGAAGUCUGUUUAAAAUUUUGUGAAAAUCUUUGUUGUGCCUCUUGAAGUAUUUAUGAUUGUGUACCUUCCCCGAUUUAAAACUAAAUCGUAAUUUUAUGGAAUAUUUAUAAAAAUAUCUUCUUUUAACUCAGACCAAUUGUUUGGUAUUUAUAUUUAUUUAUUGUAAAAACUUAUUAGUAAUUAAUUCGCAAACUGAAAAUAUCUUUAUUUUAAUUCUUUUUACAUGUAAUUAAUACUUAUAUUACAGCUGAUAGACGUAUUACAUUUUACACUAUUAAUUAAUUUAGAUUCCCAGGGUUGGUUUGCUCUGGCUAGAAAUUCUCAAAUAAAUAGUUUUUCUAGAAAACGUCACAGCACAUCCACUUUCAUUGAAGGGAGCGUAGUGAUCUGACGUUUUCUGGAAAAUUUACAAAUAUGGAGCCGUCUUGUAGGGAGAUAAUUACUACUCUGUAACAUCCGGAUAUCCCUAAUAACUAUAAAAUCUGUGGGGCAAUUUGUUAAAGGUAGUUUUACCUAAUUUUAAUAAAUAUAUUUCAUAUUUAAAA